GGGAGGGAGCGGAUGAUGGCGGCGCCUGUGAGCCGCAGUGUGGAGCGCGCGGUGGAGGAGGCGGCGGCCUCGGGCAGCCUGAGCCUGAGCGGCCGCAAACUGAAGGAACUGCCGAGGAGCGCCGCCGCUCUCGAGCUGAGCGACACCGUCCAGGCAGAUCUGUCGAAGAACAGACUGAGUGAAAUUCCAGUGGAGCUGUGCCAAUUCGUCUCGUUGGAGAUGUUAAACUUGUAUCACAAUUGCAUUCGAGUCAUUCCAGACAUGGUUAUCAAUCUGCAGAUGCUGACCUAUUUAAACUUGAGUCGAAACCAGCUUUCCUUGUUGCCACCAUGCCUCUGUGCCCUUCCGCUUAAAGUCUUAAUAGCCAGUAACAACAAGUUAGUUUCACUUCCAGAAAACAUUGGACAGUUGAAGUGUUUAAUGGAACUGGAUGUGAGCUGCAAUGAAAUUACGACGUUGCCACAACACAUAGGACAACUUCAGUCACUCAGAGAAUUGAACAUCCGACGAAAUUAUCUGCACAUUUUGCCAGAGGAGCUUGCAGAACUCCCCCUCAUGAAAUUAGACUUCUCUUGUAAUAAAGUUGUAUCAAUACCAAUCUGCUUCAGAAAUAUGAGGCAUUUGCAGAUAAUCGAGUUGGAUAAUAACCCUCUUCAGUCUCCACCAGCACAGAUUUGCAUAAAGGGUAAAGUUCACAUAUUCAAGUAUCUGAACAUAGAGGCCUGUAGAAUCGACAAGACUGCAGAAUCCCCUUAUCAGCAGCCUAUAGAGAAGGCAAAUGUACCGCAACCUGUUGGAGGGAGCAUUGAAGACAUUUAUCCAGAUAAAAAGCAAGAUCCCGAUUCUGGAAUUGGGAGUGAUAAUGGGGAUAAACGCUUAUCUGCAACUGAACCCUCAGAUGAAGAUACAGGCAGUCUGACAAUCCAGAUGGCAAAUAUCUCAGAGGAAGAUCAGUUCCACAAGCAGGAGGACUAUUUGAACAUUAGAUCAAAACAAGUGGAGUUUGACCUGGAACCAAAACAACUAGAAAACGAUGUGGAAGUGGAAGAGGACCGAGACACUGCUCUAAGUUCUGAAUUUAGGACUUAUAUGAAGGGAAGAGUGAUCGAGCCUGAGGAACCAUUGAGAAUCGAAGAAGACAUAAGCUGGACAGUAGAACAAAUGCAAAACACAGCACAGCAUCUGGACACUCAUCCAGAAGUGACUGAAAACCUGAGUUCACCAGACAGCCUAUCACAGGAGCAGCAGAGGUUAAACGAGAAUUAUGAGGAGAGUAGUGGAGCUCAUCAAUAUCCUUUGCGAUCGGAAACAUUGGUCUGUUUGGAAAUGCAAGCAUCUGCUAUAAAUGGGAGGACACCUAAAGUCACUUCCACAGCAAAGUUCUCCAGUUACCAGGCUCUUCCUCCAUUAUGUGUAGAUGAAGAUUCUCCAUCUGAGACUGAAAGUUCAAUUGGAGAGCUGGAAUUUCAGAGGAAGCGGGAAGUGAUGUUGGAGAAAACAAAACAUGAGGCUCACCUGACAUUUCAGCGGUUUGAUUGGAAUAUGUCCAAACAGACCGCUAAUGAGAGCAUGGAGAGAAAUGAUUCUCAGGGUGAGGAUGAAGAGAAGACUCCUACAGUAACUCCCACUAUGUCUCCUACAGCCCGCUCUCUCACAACUCCCUUUGGGCUAAAGCCACGAUCUGUCCAGUCCAACACUUCUUCUUUGGACUCCCUUCAUCCUUCCUUCAGAAAGUUCACACAGGCAAACACAGAAGACAGCAGCAUCAUCAGUUCCCCCAAGGAAGAAGACAGAAGUGAUGUUUUCAUUCGGCCAACACGCCACUUCGAGUCUGUGGAUCCUCAGUUUACAAUUCGGAGAAAAAUGGAGCAAAUGAGAGAAGAAAGAGAACAUAUAGAACAGCUCCGUGAGAACAUUGAAACCAGACUGAAGGUUGACCUGCCAGAGGAAACAGGAGCAGCUCUGAUGGAUGGGGUGGUUCUCUGUCAUUUAGUCAAUCACAUUCGGCCACGAUCAGUCGUCAGCAUCCAUGUGCCAUCACCAGCUGUGCCUAAACUGAGCAUGGCAAAGUGCAGGAGAAACGUAGAAAACUUCUUAGAAGCUUGUAGAAAAAUGGGUGUACCUGAGGCUGAUCUCUGCUCUCCAUAUGACAUCCUGCAGUCGGACGUUUGCGGCAUUCAAAAGACUGUUGGCGCACUGCUGGCACACGGGGAGAAUGUCCAACAGUCAACACACGCCAUUCUUACUUGGGAUCUAUUUGGCUUUUGCCUUUUCCACACAUUCUUUUUAAUGUUGCUAUAUAUUACUUACAACUGGAGUGCAUUGAUGUAAAACAGUUGCUUGUGCAUAUAUCCUUGCACUGUGUGUAUAAUACAAUUACAGGAAAAAAUAUGUCUGCCCCAUCACAUCCUGGAAGGAAAAGGAUUGGUGAAAGUGAGUACAAC